AUGGCCGAAACAAAUGCCACAGUCAAUCAGAAGAAAAUUGACGAUUGUUAUAUGCCACUGGUUCACUCAAAUAGCUCUUCCAUUAACAUUGAUGAUUCCUUAUCAGGAGUAGAUGAUCCCAUUCCCAUCAUUGACUUCUCAAUGCUCAUAUCUGAUGACCCUGAUAAACAGUUUAAAACCACCCAAGACCUCCGCAAUGCUUGCCUAGAGUAUGGUUCAUUUAUGGUGAUUAAUCAUGAGUUACCGGAUAACCUUAUAAUGAGAGUCUACGAGGCAUUAGCCAAAUUCUUUGAUCUGAGGAAGGAAGAGAAGCAAGAGUACAAGACAAAUGAUCCAAGGGAUAUGAUUCGUUGGGGCAAAUGGGAUAGUGAUUUAAUCAGCACGGAGUUCAUCAAAAUGGUCGUACAUCCUACCUUUCAUUGCCCUACCAAACUUGCUGGUUUAAGUGAGAUUUUACAAGAAUGCAUCAAAAGAAUGAGGGAACUUGGAAUCCAAUUGCUUAGAGCGAUAUCAAAAACCUUGGGAUUUGAAGAAUGCUACAUAGAGAAAAGAAUGAAGCUAGAAUCAGGCCAUGACUUUAUUUCAGCAAAUGAUUAUAUAGUCCGUUUGAAUUCUGAAAAUCAAUUAGGUCAGCCUCCUCAUUACGACACUGGACUCCUAGUCCUCCUCUUACCAGGUGAAAGUAAUGGUCUUCAACUAGAGCAUCAUGGGAAAUGGAUUAAUGUAAAUCCUCAACCUAAUUCUAUUGUUGUCAUCAUUGCUGAUCAUAUUGAGAUUCUAACCAAUGGGAAGUAUAAAAGUCUCUUGCAUCGAGUGAUUCUUAACAAAAAAGUAAGGAGGAUAAGCCUACCACUGUUUCUUGGACCAUCAUUGGACACUACAGUGAGCCCAAUGCCAGAGUUUGUAGAUGAGCAUCACCCACCAGCAUACCUUGUGAAGACCUAUAAAGAGUCAUUGGAAACAAAUCCGUACCAAGUAAUCGAUGGAAUGUCAUGCAUGAAAAAUGUUCGACUUUGA